AUGAGCUACCAACAGCAUAUUGUGCGUCAAAAGCUUGCGCGUCGGAAAAUGAAACAGAUUCAAGAUGCCCUGAGCCUUGUAGAGUCUACUCGAUUUAAAGGAUCAAAGCCAUUCUCAUCUCGUCGUAUGAAGAAAGAUACUGGCAUCUCAACUAAACUACCGGCACGUUCCAAAACGUACUUGAGUCAAUACAAACCAAACUCUUCUCAUCCUACCAAGUGUGUGCACGAGCCUCAAUUUCUUUGCGCUGUCUACCUGCACGGAUUUCGUCGUCUCAAGACGACCUUUGUUUCGUUCAAGUCAUUUGCUCAAUUGAAGCAGUGUGUUCGAGCAAAGUUUGGGAUCAAUGAAGUUGCGAGUAUCUAUCGAGAGGUGACGAAAGCCAUUACUACCGUUAGCCAAGGCAACAAUCGCAAACGCUAUGUUAGGCACCUGAAGCGAAUUAUGAGUCUCGAAUGCCUUACUGACGGUGACACGCUGUGUGUGACACAAAAUGCUUACGAAGACAUGAUGAUUCAAAGUGCUUUGAUCAAGCAGCAACAGCGGGUCGCGGAUAAAUUUGAACACAAACCGCAACAAUUAUCUACGAAUGUACCGACAGCGUGUUCUAACAAAGAUAAAAACCAAUCUGCACAAAUCUUAAAGACCUCGAAUAAUAUUCGCAAUCGACCACAAGUUUGGGACUCGAAUGGCCGCAGUAUUGGUGUCAAAGAAACCCCUUUAUGUAUAGAGCUGAUUGAUGAGUUCUCACCCAAGCCAGCCUUCCUCGAUGUCAGCGUCUGUGGAUCGGAAAACAGGUCAGAUCAGGUUGGCAAGCUUGAUGCAAUCGGAAAACAGGUUAGUCAGCCUGUGCUGAAAACACCAGAGGACGCUCAAUUUUUCAAGAAAGUAUUCUCAAAGUUUAAGACCCACCGGGCUACUGAGCAUCGCAUCGCGCAAAAAUAA